UGCCGUCAUCUUCCUUUCCGUGGUUCUGUAGAACAGAAUCAUUCAAUAUGGCGGCCCACAGGAUUACAUGUUUAGGGUUAAAUGCCCUUUAUUCUACUGUCUGCGCCCCGAAGCAGGCCCUGAGGAGCUGCUGGGGGGCAGUGGAGCAGGUGAGAGGUUACUAUGUCGACUGGAGGAUGCUUCGGGAUGUAAAGAGAAGACAGAUGGCUUUUGAUUAUGCUGAUGAGAGGUUACGGAUCAAUGCGCUGAGGAAGAACACCAUCCUACCCAAAGAGCUUCAGGAGGUGGCAGAUAAAGAAAUUGCAGCAUUACCAAGGGACAGCUGUCCUGUGAGAAUACGCAACAGGUGUGUGAUGACGUCCAGACCUCGGGGGGUGAAGCGGAGGUGGCGACUGAGCCGAAUUGUCUUCCGUCACUUGGCUGACCACAACCAGAUGUCUGGGAUUCUGAGGGCAAGGUGGUGACUGGGGAUCCAUUGGAUACUACAGUCGGAUUGUAUUGUAUUGUAUAAAAAAACAAAAACAAGCUGGGUUGGUGGUUAUUGUCAGAAGCAGGACAUCAAUACAGACUUUCAAUACAGACUCAUUUUAGCCUUUUAGUGUCUGGGAUCUUUAGAGGUAUGUACUGUGACAAAAACAGUUCAACCACUACUUAUACUUGCCAAUGGAAUAAUGUUCAAAGUGAAUCCACUGAGAUUACUGCAGCAUAUUUGUAGUACUUUGUAUAUGCUGAGGAGAUAAUGAUUUAUCAUUUCUGUAGAUUAUUUGCUUUGUUUUCUCCUGGCUUUUCUAAAUAUGAAAAACAAUAUUUAAAUAGAAAAUGUUUAAAUGUAACACAAUGGAUGAAUAAAUAUUGUUGUACAUAACUAAC